AUGCGCCGCGUUAAGAAAUCUAGAAAUGGCUGUGCAAGAUGCAAGAGUAAACGGGUUUGUGUCAAAUGCGGUGAAGAGAAACCUCACUGCACUCGCUGUACACGCUUAGGCGUCGGAUGCCCUGGCUAUUCACAAUCUCUCCGCUGGGUUACCAAGUAUGAGCAGUCUAGUCCCGCCGUGCCUGCAUCAAUCUCGGAGGUGACAAGCCCGAGUCCUGCGGCUUCUGCUUCAACUGCUCCUAGCCAGCCGGCAAACCAAAUCGAUGAUGCUUUGCCCCUGGAUGAUUCAAAUUUUGUCUUAGAUGGACGAACUCCGCUAUGUGACAAUCUAUGGGACCAUCCAGGCCAUGGGUCUUUACCCGAACUGACGGAUCUAUGCACACCGUCCCCGAUGGCGGCAGCAUCGUCCUCUUUCACACACCAAAGAGAGCCUUUUCGUGAUUUUGAACAGUCAGAAGAUAAUGGUGUGGAUCUGUCACAUUUUCUAUCACUUAUUGGGCCAACAUCAAUUGAGGAACAGGUUGACGAUGUUUACCAAGACUUCUCACCUUCGGUCAUUGUGCGCAGUUAUCCUCCUGCAUCGCAUCGCUCUGCGCCACAUAACUUUAUGUCAAUGUCUCGUUCCCUGAAUAAUCCAUCAUGGACCUUGAUUGAGUAUUAUUUUAAAGAAGUGGCGGCAUUGUUCUCUAGUUACGAUAGUCAGAUGAACCCGUUCCGAACUACGGUAUCCCGUCUUUGGGGAUCUUCACUAGCGAUGUGUCGAACAAUGCAAAGCAUGGCUGCUGCAACGUUGGUCACCGAAUUUCCCCAGUUUGGUCCCAUGGGCCGAAGGAUGCGUGAUGAAGCUAUCGAUAUAAUCACGCGUGAAGAAGUAAUAGACGACAAGUCUUUGCUGGCGCUGCUAAUGCUUGGACAGACGGCUAGCUGGCACGACCCAAAUGACUUGGGUAUAUCAUUUUUUAACCUGCUCCGCAAGCAGCUCAAUACUAUUGCUUCAUCAUCGCAUGGCCCUGGCUUCGGCUUCCCUAAGAACGACAGCAAUAACUACCGGUUCUUUGAAGAAGCCCUCAUCUACUGGGAGAUGCUGCUUUCUUUCGUCACAGAUAAUGACACCAUAGUACUAUCUGACAAUUCCCGAAACGCUUCAUCUACCGGCGAGUCCUUCGUUUUACAACGAGUCCCACACCCGUGGACCGGCAUCGCGCGCGACACCCAGUUCACCGUGCACGAGGUUGGGCAACUCAUUCGCCGUGAGCGAAAACGCAUCCACUCAAGGCGGUUCACCUCCCAAAGUGAUAUCACCCGUGCACAGUUAGCAAUCGAGAAAGCCCGUGAACUAGAAGAACGUCUCUUGGGUCUCGCCCAUCCCUCCGAGUCCGAGAUCGUCAGUCCUGGUGACGACGAUACCCCAGUAUGGCACCUCCUCACAAUGGCGGAAGCGUAUCGAUGCAUCGGCCUCAUGCAGCUAUACCGUGUCUUCCCAGACCUACUGCACAACCGCCUGCCUGCUUCAACAUCCGCACCACCCCAAUACCCUAGCAACGCCGACCCAGCAUCUCGUGACCCAUUCUUCCCAGUCGACCUCGACAGCAUGAACCUGUCAGCUGGAUUCGGCGACCCCAGUCCAGCAAGGGCACAAAAUACCAAUUCUCAACAAAACGCCCCUUCGCCAUCUGGAUCUUCCCCCCACAAUCUCUACCGCCAUUCCCCUCACCAUCUACCAUCCCCACCAUCACCAGACACUCAACAAACCCCCACCCCAGAAACCCUGUACGGCAACUGGCUCACCGAGUUCGCCGUAACAACCCUAUCUCGGCUAAAAACCAUACCCCUGGAAUCACGCACCCGCUGCCUCCAACCAUUCCUCCUCGUAGCAUCCUGCUCCGAGCUCCGUCUCCCGCGUCUGGCCACAACAGGCACUCAACCCCGGAAUGGCGAGGAUUAUUCAGAGCGCAGGGCUCACGAUAAUAACAACUCAAACCAAACACCUACCAUCUCAAUGGAGGCCAUUGAAGUCUCACGCACACGCAAGUUCAUCCUCGGCCGUCUAACGUCCUUUUUGCAUGUUCUGCCUCCAAAACCGAUUCAUGUAUGCUUGAAAUUGGUUAAUGAGGUCUGGAGGCGGUUGGAUUCUGGUGAUGAUGAUGCUUAUUGGGUUGAUGUUAUGAUUGAGAAAGGUUGGGAGACAACUAUGGGGUGA